AUGGAAUUAGAAAAGAACAGCGAUGUUAAAAGCAAAAGGAGAUGCUUCAAUCAGACCUUCCAUCUUUUGUAUUCUGAGAAAGCUGAGCACACGCUCGUCAGAGAUGUUGCAGCAGGAGCUAACCACUCUGGCUGUGACACAGCACCUUCUGCCAAUGUUUCAGAACUAAAGGUGUCAGAGGAAAGCUUACCUUAUUUAAAUUCAUCCCUAGAUGCAGAUAUUGAAAAGUACAGUAAAAACAGAAUGAGAAUUUGCUGUGCACAGGAAGGUGAAAGCAAGAAAGAAGCUGAUCUGUUAGGAAGGGCGUGUGACAAUACACACUUUGAUUGUGGCAUGUAUGAUGACUGCAGAAAAAGCCAUUUAGGUGAAGAUUCACAGCUGGAGUAUCUCAGUGCUCAUGAGCAAGAUUUUGAUGACAGGAAUAGCUCAAUUGAGUUUUCUGAGCAAAGGGAAACUGUAGGAAUCAAAACCUUAAAGCUGAUAGAUCCACUUCAAGAAGUUCCAGGGGGCGGAGUCUCAUGGGAUCAAAAUCUCACUGAUGUGUCAAAAGGUUGUUCUUCCAAGCAUGGUGUAGGUGACCAGGCCUGCUCAGAAGCAGCUACACCAGAGCUUCCCCACCUGCCUCAGGACUCUCUGCUAGAUUGCAGUGACAUGGCUUGUGAUCAUCAGGAUGAGCAAACAGAGUAUCAUAGUGUUUGUAGAAGUUUACUUGAAAGUCAUUCUUGUGGGAUUAAAGAAAAGGUCUGUCCAAAUCUGCUUGUAUGUGACAGUUUAAAAAAUGGAGAGGUGAAAGACAUACCACUAAUUGACAGCACACUGCCACUCCAGACUGCUACAACUGAAGAAGUGUCUGAAAAGAAUGACAGACAUUCACAGCAUCUCAGUGAAGCAAGAUAAUCCUUUCCUGUCGCCACAGGAAAGGGCCUCUGCAAAGCCAUGCAAUUUUGUGAACAUGCAGGGGACCCUGAUUUCUACAGUUGUGAAGAAUCCGGUGUGUGUGCAGGUAGUGCUACCCUCACUGACCGCACUGCAAAGGAUGCUGAAACCCAAUUUCUAGUCUCUGAAAUUCUCACUAGCAAGAAUCUCUUUUCUGAGGUAGAAGUUGCAGAUAAAUCCUCCUGUGGAAAUAUCAGCUGUCUGAACUCAGUAUUGGAACACUGUGAAAACCGGAAAAAAGUUACCGGUGACUCUACAAUUAACCAGGCUGUUGAUGCGAGUGCUGAUUUUAGAGCUUGCUUUACAACAAGUAGAAGUACCAGUGCUCAGGUUUGUCUGUCGUCCAGAGCUAUUAAUACGGAGAUAACAAUGAUGAACAAAUCUCGACCCGCGGAAUGGCACCAUGAAACCUUUGCAGAUGUUGCUUGCAAUACAGACUGGUCAUGUGGGGCUGGUAGUGCAGAGGAAAUUUGGUCACAGCUUACUGACAAUCCAAAAGACCACUCAAGUGGCAAUACUGCAAGUGCUGGAAGAAGUUCACCAAUUCAGGAACAGCAGGAAUCGAAAAAUGAGCUGUGUAGUAGCAGUUUAAAGACAAGCACUGACAGGCUGGUACACCUUGACAAACAAGCUGUGAAGAAUUCUGCAUCAAGCUACACUCAAAAAAUACUGCAGAGAGCAAUUGAAGCAGAAUUGCAGAUUCUAAACAGUCAUUAUCAGAUGUGCUAUCAGCACUGUUUGAAGAUUUACAAACUGGCUUUGGAGGAAACCACGUGCUUUAGCAGAAGUAAUGGAAAUAAUGAAUUAGGCUCAUCUCUCAUGUUGGUUUUGGAAGAGCUAAAAAAGAGUUACAACAGUAUGAGAAUGAAAAUAAAAAUGGGUGUACCUUUAAAUGCACUUCCACCGCUAUCAGUUGAGAUGAAGGUGUUCCAAGUCUCCUCCUCUUAUGUUCCCUGCAAGUUGUUCAGAGAGGAUCUUUGCUAUAAGCAGACAUAUGGUACUGCAUGUUCAAGAAUCAUGUGCAGUUACUUUAUUUCUGUUUCAGGCACAAGAAAAGCUGACUUUAAAGCACCAAAACUGCAAGAAAGGAAAAUUUCUGUCAACACGGACAAGCCACAGACUGUAUGUUUAUCUGAUGGAGGUCAGCCAAGUGACUCUACUUCCUUCAAGGCACUUGAUGUACAGCAUAAAGAUCAGCACGUGGAAAGUGGCUAUGUGAAAAAUGAAGAAUGGAAUGAGUAUUGGUUUGAUGCUAAAGACGACUUGACAGUAACAGAUUUUUCAGUAACAGCUGAAGAAAUGAAAAAGCAACAAGAAAAACAGGACAUGGUUGAUUUAAGAGAAGUGAAGAAAAUGGAGAGUGGAAAUGAGUGUUCUUUUAUCCGUGUUGGCGGCCUAUGUUCCUCAGUGUCAGAGGAUGAUUUAAGAUUGCAUUUCCAGAAGUAUCAGAUUUCUGACAUUGUUACCUGUGUGGAUUCUGGUAAUUACAGAUAUGCAUUUCUUUGCUUUAAAGACACUAAUAAAGCAAAGUUAGCUGUAGAGGAAAUGAACCAGAAAAAAAUUAAAGGAAAACCAGUAAGCGUUGAACUUGUAAAUCAUUCAUCAGACAACAAAUCUUCGGUUUCUCAAAUACUUACAAAUAAGCUUUGGCAUGAAAUCCAACCUGUUGAUAACAGUCGGAGAAAUGAUCAAGAUAAAACACUCUCUUCAGCCUCUAAUUCAGUGAAAGCACCUGAUGCCACCUCUGCUUCUGAGCAAAUGCACCGCCUUCCCAUAACUUCUUCAAAAAUUUCUUGCUCUGUGCAAGUACCUUCAGAAAAAAAGUGCCCUGGUCUGAAAUCAUCUGCUGAAGAUUCAGUAAAUUUCUCACUUCAAGUUAAUAAAAAGGAUACUGGAGAAAAAUUCCCACAGAAAACAUGUGCUUCUUCCUCCACUAAUUCAUAUGAUACCUUUAUUUCUCCUGAUACGUUACACUUGAGCAGCUUUAACAAAUUAAUGAAAAAUCUUCAAGAAAUUCAUCCAGAGGCUAGCAGAGACAAAAUUUUGAAUGCUCUGCUGGAGGUGAGGAGAAACAACAGAGGUGUUCUAAGUGGCUUGUCCAUCAGUUCUAUUGUGGAAUGGACCUCUGUCAUUCUAACGAAAUCGACCCCCAGUUGUGGGUGGGAAAAGCAGUGUAAUUAAUUUGGGUGUGUACAUGCAAAAUUUACCUGCUGUUUUUUCUUUUUAAGUAGAUGGCUUCCUGAUUAUGAAGAAUCGAUCCUCUCC